AUGGCCUCGCGCGAUAUCAUUGCCGACACGAGCGCCAUUGAGGAUGAGAUUGCGCAGCUAGAAGCCAAGCUGCGGGCGGCGCGCGGCCGUCUACGCGCGGCCGCCAACGCCGACAAGCAGGAAGAGCAGCCGCCGGAUGCUGGUGUCGCCCAGCUUACCGUGGGAAUCGCAAUCCCGCCUCGGGUCUCUUCCACCCCAGACACCUUUUCCACGCACUUUCUCCUGCUCCUCUCCGACUCCCAGCUCCCCGUCGGCUCCUUUGCCUUUUCCUCUGGGCUCGAGUCCUUUCUCGCGCACACGCCCCGACGCGCCGCCACGUUUGCCACCUUUCUCCCCCUCUCCCUCUCCUCCUUUGCCUCGACCACGUUGCCCUUUGUCCUCGCCGCGCACAAGCAACCGCCGCUCCUCGCCGGCCUCGACGACCAGCUCGACGCCGCCAUUGUGUGCACCGUCGGCCGGCGCGCCAGCACCGCCCAGGGCCGCGCCCUGCUGUCCAUCUGGGAGCGUUCCUUUUGCGCCACCAUGCCCCCCCGCGUUUGCGCUUCUGCUGAUAUAAACGUGCUACGGGACUUUUCUGCGCUUCUUCGACAGAGUAACAGCAGUAGCAGCAGCAGCGGCGGCGGCGGCGGCGGCGGCGGUGGUGGUGGAGGCGGUGGUGGUGGAGGCGGUGGGAUGGAGGUACCGCUCGUGUCGGGCCAUUUUGCGCCGCUGUUUGGGGCCGUCUGCGCGCUGGUGGGAUUGAGUCUUCGGCAGACGGCCUACGUCUUUAUGCUGAGCCACGUCAAGGCGUUGGUGUCGGCGGCGGUUCGCGCGAGCAUGUUUGGCCCGUACCAGGCGCAAAAGGUGCUGGCGGGGGAAAAGGUGCAAAACAUGAUUAAUGCGGUUAUUGAUCGCGAGUGGGACACGCCGGUCGAGGACGCGGGGCAGACCGUGCCGGUCAUGGACUUGUGGAUUGGAAGGCACGAGGUUUUGUAUUCACGCAUCUUUAAUAGCUGA